AUGCGGCCGAAGCGGUCACCGAGCUCCAAAGCCUCGGAGUUUGUUUCCAACCUCUCGUCCAGAAAGUUGUCGCCACCUGAGAUUAGCGUCCUUGCUAAAGGCCACAACUUCAAUAUGUCGGGUGGUCGACCUCCCUUGGCGAGGAUCGCGGCAGCCGUGGAGGACGGGAUCCGUCAUCUUGAUACCAACGUCCGGGAAUCAGUGAGGCUGAAAGCGAUUGGCAUCCUGGCACAUGGCCUAAUGAAGAAACAGCCGUCCAAUCUGUCCCCGGAGCAAAACCGAGCCCUGCGAGAGCUGCGCGAGGACCCCACAAUUGUAAUCUUGCCUGCGGACAAAGGGAACGCUACUGUCCUUGACCGGCGAGACUACGACCGCAAGGUCCAAGACCACCUUGUUAGUGGCACUUACAGCAAACUUAAGAAGGACCCUACAGCGCAGGUACAGAGAGACCUCAACAAGCUCCUAGGAGACGUAUUCGUGAAACACCCGGAUGCCAGAGCUCUGCACCUUCGUUUGAUGUGCAGAAACGGUAGUGCUCCCGGAUUCUAUGGGCUUCCCAAGACCCACAAGCCCGGUGUUCCCUUGAGGCCGAUUGUGGAUUUCACAUCUUCGCCACUUCGAGCCCUGUCGAGCUUCUUACACAGGAUUCUGGCCCCUCUCGUGGGAAACACGCCGACGCACGUGAAAAAUAGCAGCCAUUUUGUUGAGAUUCUUUCCCCGAUACCGAUUUGCGAAGAUGAAUGCCUCGUGUCAUUCGACGUAGUCUCCCUCUUCACAAGCAUACCUGUCCAAUUAGCAGUGACCACAGCGCGUGAAGUGCUGGAGUGUGACGAAAACCUCGAGGCAAGAACAGGCCUGAGCGUCGACGAGCUGAGCCGCCUUUUGAACUUUUGUCUCAGCAGCACGUACUUCUCCGUCAACGGAGAAUACUACAAACAGCUAACUGGUACUGCAAUGGGGGCAUCUGUGUCUGUAACGGCAGCAAACCUCGUGAUAGAGGCAGUGGAGGGAAGAGCGCUGCAGACGGCCGGCAUCACGCCAAAAAUAUUUUUGCGGUAUGUCAACGACUGUUUCUGUAUCCUAAAAACUUCUGCCGUAGACGCCUUCACAGCCCAUCUGAACUCUAUUGAGCCGGCCAUCCAGUUCACCAUGGAACGGGAAAAAAACAACUGCUUGCAAUUCCUCGAUGUCCUCGUGGAAAAGAUGGGUGGUUUGCUGCACACCGGUCGCUACCUCGACGCUGGCUCCAACCACCCUUUCCACCAUAAAUCAGCGGUGGUAUCGUCACUACUCACACGUGCACGGAGGGUUUGUUCGUCGGAUGAUAAGCGGACGGAUGAAGAACGGAAGAUCAGAUGCGACCUUCUAAAGAACGGCUACUCCAAAGCUUUCAUUGGGAGGGUUGCACGCCGCCACGCCCGCCCCCGCAGACCCCUUCAAGAGGACUCUGACUCGUCGCUUCCCAGGCCUGUCCGCGUCUGCAUUCCCUACGUUAAGGGCACCAGCGAAGCGCUCACACGCGUUUUGUCGGAGCAGGGCAUAAAAGUUGCGCACAAGCCAACUUCCACACUCGGCCGCUUCUUCCCGCGCCCAAAAGACAGACCGCCCAAGGAAAAAGCGCAAGGA